AUGGACCUCCCGAGGAAUCUGCAUGAUUGCUACUUCUUCUACUAUUCGACAUGUAAAAAGGGGAGCAACUGCGAGUAUCGGCAUGAGCCGGCUGCACUCGGGCACGAGAAAACCUGCAAGAUGUGGGCGGAGGGUAAGUGUUACAAUCGCACUUGCACCAUGCGCCACAUGAAAAUCGAGAAGCCACGCUCGGCCACACCGUGCUUCUGGGAGGACCAACCGGGCGGUUGCCGUAAGCCGCAUUGCGUGUUCCAGCACAAGAUCCCGAAGCCCGCUCAGCCGACAACGAGCAAUGUGGGCGUACCGGUGCAACCGGCGGCUGCAGCUGCCGCCGCGAACGCUGCAGCAGCUCAUCUGAUGCACUCGACUUCAACUGCAGUUGUGCUGGAUUACAACUAUGCAACAAUUUUGCCGAGAAUCAUCUAAGCUGCAGUGUCAGCUGCCAUUGCUUUUGCGCAGAGUGUGAUUGUGAUCGCUACGAGAAUGGAAAGAGCACGUGCUCUUUGGUUUGUACCAGCAAGCGGAAACACUUAGGAUGAUCACACCGAUGCGUUGAAUUACGGCAUCUAUGCUGCAGGUGUGAGUGGGUGCGCGCCUAUUUGCAUAGCUUGUCAUCCUGGCCCCGUGCACAGGAUUGCGUU